AUGUCUGAGAAUCAAUUUGAUGGUAUCCUUUCAGAAAACAUUGAUGAAUAUGGCCAAAGUCAGCUCAAUUAUUUGUCACUUGCAAAUAAUAAUAUAAGUGGUGUCUUUCCACAUUCUAUUUGUGAAGGAAAUCACUUGGAGGUUCUAGAUGUGUCAAAUAACAAGCUCACAGGUAAUAUUUUUGCAAGUUUUGGGAAUUGCUCAACAACACUCAAAGUGUUAAAUCUAGAAAAUAAUAAUCUGGAAGGUAAGAUUAGGAGAAUGGUUUGUCUUCACAAAUUGAAAUUAGGAGGUAACAAGCUACAAGGGACAAUUCCAUCAUCACUUCGAAAUUGUACUUCUUUGGAGAUUCUAGAUUUGGGAUAUAAUAACAUGGAGGGAACCAUCCCAAAUUGGAUUGAGAAUUUAAUUGGUCUUCGAAUUUUGGUGUUGAGAUCUAAUAAAUUCAAAGGUGGAAUACCCUUAGAGUUGACAAAAUUAGAAAAUCUUCAAGUCUUGAUUUUGUCAAAUAACAAUCUAUCUAGAGCUAUUCCAAGUAGCUUAAGAAACUUGAGAGCAAUGGCAAAUCAAACACAAAGUGCAAAAGUCCUUGAGUUCUUAAACUCAAGCUCAAUGCCUUAUUUAGAUAAAAUUGAAAUAAACAACAAAGGGCUAUUUCUAGAAUAUGUGAAAUCUUUGGCAUUGGUCCGAUGUCUUGAUCUCUCAAACAACAACUUCUCAGGUGAUAUUCCUCAAGAAAUUGGAUUCCUCAUUGGUCUAAGGAUUCUCAAUUUGACAAUGAAUCAUCUCCAUGGAAAAAUUCCUACUUCUUUUGGAAAUCUUGUGCAGUUGGAGUCACUUGAUCUUUCAGAUAACAAUCUUAUUGGAAAUAUCCCUAAUGAACUACAAUCUCUCACAUUUUUAAGUUACUUGAACAUAUCUUGUAAUAAUUUUUCAGGUAGAAUACCACAAGGAGCUCAAUGGUUAACAUUUGAUGAGAGAUCAUUUUCAAACAAUGCAAACCUUUGUGGACUUCAGAUCAAAAUAAAUUGUUCACCUUCUCCUCCUUCAAAUCAAAUUUAUGAUGAAGAUGUGAGUGAGCAUGAGUGGGAGGAACAUGUGUGGUGGGAGGUGGGAAUUGGAUUGAGCUUUGGAUUUGGGUUUUCAAUUGUUAUUGGAGUAUUAUGUUUCAACAAAAAAUCUAGAAAAAGAUGUUUCAAAGUUAUGGAUGACAUUAUUGUCAUUCUUGAUCAAUCUACUCAAAAAAAUAUCUUUUAA